AUGUCUGCAGCUCGUGCCUUCAGCACCGCUUUCCGGGCUGGUGCGCCCCGCGCCCCAAUGGCCGCCCGCUACGCUGCCACCCGAAGCUACGCUGCCGCCGCCGCCCCGACUGGCUCUGCCAACAAACCCCCGGUUGCCCUCUUCGGCGUUGACGGAACCUACGCGAGUGCUCUGUACACGGCCGCCGCGAAGACCAACGCCCUCGACCCCACCGCAAAGUCUCUCCAGACUCUCCAGGGUGUUUUCCAGAAGGACGCCAAGCUCAGCCAGAUCCUCCACGCUCCCUCGCUCUCCGUCUCCGACAAGCAGCAGAUUGUCCAGGAGCUCCAGAAGCACAUUGGCGGCGCCGACAAGGAUGGCAUCGUCAAGAACUUCCUCAGCACACUUGCCGAGAACAACCGAUUGGGCGUACUACAGGGUGUUGUAGAGAAGUUCGGUGUGCUCAUGGGUGCGCACCGUGGUGAGGUUGAGCUUACCGUUACCAGCGCUGCGCCUCUCGACAACAAGACCAUCAGCCGCCUCGAGACCGCCAUCAAGAACUCGCAAUACGUCUCCAACGGCCAGACCCUGAAGGUUGUCCCCAAGGUCAACCCCGAGAUCCGUGGUGGACUCAUCGUCGAGAUCGCCGACCGCACCAUCGACAAGUCUGUCGCCUCGAAGAUGGCCAAGAUGAACAAGCUCCUCAAGGAUACUUUGUAA